ACCCCUGAGCCAUGCUGGCCGGGCUGCCCAUGUAUUUACAGUCACAGCCUGGGCACCUGCCCCCACUUCCGAGUGUGUGAGCCGAGGGGUGGGAAGGUGGGGGAGACCCCUGAGCGCCCCUGGGCCGUGCAGUGCUGGUGCUGGGGGGCCCACGGAAGGCUGGGGUCUGAGAGGGGGUGACUCUCCCAAAUGUGGCGCUUCCCCCCGUGUUCCCUCCCACGGCAGGGCCGGCUCCCGGGCCUCAGGGUCAAGUACGUCUUUCUGGUCUGGCUGGGCGUCUUUGCGGGCAGCUGGCUGGCGUACGUGAACUACUCGUCCUACACAGAACUCUGCCGCGGGCACGUGUGCCAAGCGGUCAUUUGUGACCAGUACCACAAGGGCAUCAUCUCGGGCUCCCUGUGCCAGGACCUGUGCCAGCUGCACAGGGUGGAGUGGCGGACCUGCCUGUCCUCUGUGCCCAGCCAGCAGGUGUACAGCGGGCUCUGGCAGGGCAAGGAGGUGACCAUCAAGUGUGGCAUUGAGGAGAGCCGGAGCGCCCAGGAGGGGUCGGAUGCGGCGCCCCGGCGGGAGCUGGUGCUGUUUGACAAGCCCACGCGGGGCACCUCCAUCAACGAGUUCCGCGAGAUGACCCUCAGCUUCCUCAAGGCCAACCUGGGAGACCUGCCCGCGCUGCCCACGCUGGUGGGGCAGGUCCUGCUCCUGGCCGACUUCAACCAGGACAAGCUGCUGCCCCCCGCCCUGCACCAGGCCCUGCAGCAGUGGCUGGGGCCCCCGUGGCCCUGGCGCGCCAAGGUGGCCAUCGGCCUGCUGGAGUUCGUGGAGGAGCUGUUCCACGGCGCCUACGGGACCUUCUACAUGUGCGAGACCACGCUGGCCAACGUGGGCUACACGGCCACGUACGACUUCCGGAUGGCCGACCUGCAGCAGGUGGCC